AAUAUUGGUUCGAAAUGAAUAAUCUUAAUUUUCAAAUUUCUGAUGACUUUGAUAUUCAAAGUAUCGAUGAAACUGAUAACUUUGAUAUUCAAAGUAUUGAUGGGUCCGAUAAUGAUAUUCAAAUUAUUGAAGCUGAUAACCUUGAUAUGCAAAUAAUUGACGGAAUUGAAACUAUUUAUGAAGAGGAUUUAGAAUCCUUUGAAAAAAAUAGUAUCUUAAAAUCAGAUAAUGAAUUUUCUGACAUUGAGGAUGAUUUAAUCAAAUUGAAUGAAAAUCCAAUAACUUACUUUACAAAAGAAUUGGCAUCACAUAUCGUUUAUCAUACUUUAACAUCUAUCGAAUAUCCUAUGACAAGUUCUGAAGGUGUUGCUUAUAUAUAUAAUGUUGAAGGUUGGGAAGAACUAUUAGCUGCAUUCAAAGAU